GGAGCCCAACACAAAACUGUUCCCCGCCGUUGUCGCUCUCCCAACAAAUCAGAAUGUCAUCCAAUUUGAACUGGGCAAACUGAAGAAUAUUAUGCCGAUAUCAGCUGCCAUGUUCCGGAGCGAGCGGAGAAACCCGGAGCCCCAGUGCCCACCUCGCCUAGCCAUCCAAAUGCUGGCCCCCAUGACGUGGAGCCGUAUGCCCAAUGAGUUUCUACGGGUGGACGUUGCUCGCUUCAGCGACCGCCAUGGCUGGAUGGUUGAGUGCCUGGAACCAAACAUAAUGAUGGCUCUCCACAUCCCAGAGGAGAACCGAUGUAUAGACAUCCUGGAAUUGUCCGAGCGCCAAGACCUCUUGACGUUCCAUUCCCAUAGUCUGAAGUUGUACUGUGCUGUGUGCGCCUUGGGCAACAACCGGGUGGCCCAUGCCUUGUGUAGCCACGUGGACGAGUCGCAAUUGCUUUACACCAUCGAGAGCAACCACCUCCCAGGCCUGCUGCGUAGUGGCUACUACGACCUCCUUAUCAGCAUGCACCUGGAGUCGGCCAAGCGCUCCCGUCUCAUGAUGAACAGCGAGUUCAUUGUCCCCAUGACGGACGAGACCAAGAGGAUCACGCUCUUCCCGGACGGCAUGAAGAAACCGGGAUUGCCCGGGGUGGGCAUGAGCACCUGCUUACGUCCUCCGCUCCACUUCUCCGACACCUGUUUCGUCAGCACCAGCUCUGAGCUCUACCAGCUGAGUCCUUCCAUCCCGCUGGAUGCGCUGAAGGUGAAGGCCAUCAACAUGCUGACGGAAGCCGUCCAAGACGGAGGGCAACAUACCCGCGACCCUGUGGGGGGUAGCGUGGAGUUCCAGUUCGUGCCCGUUCUCAAGUUGGUCUGCACCCUCCUCAUCAUGGGUGUGUUUGAGGAUGAGGACGUGCGCCAUAUCCUCAAGAUGAUCGACCCCAGCGUCUUUGGGGAAUCCAAAGAGGAGGAGGAGGAAGAGGAGGAAGAGGAGAAAGAGGCUGGAGGGGAGCAGAAGGAAGAAGCCGAAGAAGGAGAAAAGCAGGAGCUGAAGGCCAUUGAGGCUGGGGAAGCGGAAGCCAAAGAGGAUGAGGAAGGGCUGGAGGAAGGCCUGCUGCAAAUGAAGCUUCCCGAAUCAGUCAAGUUGCAGAUGUGCAACCUGUUGCAGUUUUUCUGGGACCGCGAGCUACAGCACCGCGUGGAAGCCAUCAUUGCUUUCUCGGAGCGCUAUGUGGACAGGCUGCAGACCAACCAACGCCAGCGUUACGCUACGCUGAUGCAAGCUUUCACCAUGUCGGCUGCGGAGACCGCCAGGCGCACCCGGGAAUUCCGCUCUCCUCCCCAGGAGCAGAUCAACAUGCUGCUACAUUUUAAGAACGGUGCCGAUCUUGAGGAUUGCCCAGUACCUGAAGAGAUCCGAGAUGAAUUGUUGGAAUUUCAUAACGACCUGCUAGCCCAUUGUG